CCUUUUCACUGCCAAAAUAAAGUCCAGUGCGUUUCUUUUGCAUACAAGACUUAAUCAGCAUCGGUGAAAAACGCAGCUGUGUUUUUAGUUCGUUUUAAUCGCAAUAGUAAUCAAUCGAAUUGUUAAUCUUUAGUUUUGGAGUGUUCAUAAGUCGUUAUCGUAAUAAAUUACCGUGGCACGUCAAAAAUGAGCAUCAUAGGACGUCGUCCUCGGAGUAGUAAAUUGGACCGACUGCCUCCCCCUCGGCCGAUGAGUGCGGUGAGCGACAGACACAUGCGAUGCAUUCCCAAGGAACAAGCUCAGCAAAUCACAGAAUCACCUGCAGCUGCUGCCCUUGGGACUAUUUUUGCGGAGUCCCGGACCGGGAUUGACGAGCGUGUGGACGACGACAUCUGGAAGGGCAGCGUGGAAAGGGAGAAAUGGUGCGAAAGCAAAUGGAAAAACAAUUGGGGAUUUCUGGUUGAGAAGAUGCGAGAGGGGCCUGGCUCCGAGAAUAGGAGACCUCAGACAGCAUUUAACAAUCGGGACAUUUCCACGCCUUUUUCCAGGACGCAGCCAAACACCAGGGCUCGCGAGUUCGGGAGCAGACUUAACACAGACAUCG